AUGGCGGUGUCUGCAGAGCUGGUUACCAGCAUCGUCCUUUGGCUGCUGCUCAAUCUUCUCGUUCCCCUGCUCUUCAAGCGCGCGGAGUUCUCUCUCCGCGCAUCCCCCUUGCACUGGCGCUGGCUGCGCGGAGGCAGGAGGAGGGGGAGCCUCAAGCGGAAGCGCAGGGCAAGGGGAGGCGAAUGCGAUAGUCAAGGGGGAGGAAGUGCCCAAAGCGAAUGUGCUAAUAAAGGGGUCGGAGGAGGCUUGGAUAGCAGCGGAGAGGAGGAUUGGGGGGAGAGUGGUGGGAGAAGGGGAGGGGCGGAUGGAGGGGAGAUGAGGGGGAGUAAGGGAGAGGUAGGGGGAAACGAUGGGAGAGCACAGGGCGAAAGGGAGCGAGAAGGGGUUACCCUCACAAGUGGGGUUACAUCUAGCAUAGGGUACAUUCAGGUCCACACCACGUGCUUCAACCCUUGGCUAGAGCGGCUUCGCAUGCUGCCUGCUAAGUCAGCUACCAAGAGCCUGCGUCGCCUUCCUAUUGGCCUCUCUGGUGCGUGUGUGCAUACAACCCUCCCUCAUCUCUCCCCAUUCGCAUUCACAUGGGGGGUCAUUGCAGCCUGCGUCGCCUUCCUAUUGGCCUCUCUGGUUCUUCUAUGGGACGGCCUUGUUGCUUCCCUCCUCGUCCCUCUCCUCCGCCACCUCUCCACCUCAUCCCAGCACCUAGCGGAACAGCAGCGCUUUUACCCUCACACCCACUCUCACAACCACUCUCACUACAGUCACAUCCCUUCUGCUGUAAACGCCUCUUUCGGACCUUCCUCUCCUGUCGUCGCCCUCUCUAGAGCAACGGGUGCUGCAGCGUCCCUUGCAGCACAGCAAGCGUCCCAUGCAGCACAGCAAGCCGUCCAAGCAGCAGAGCCACACCCCGCUGAUGCAGCAGAGCCAGCAACGUCCGCCACUCCUGCUGCGACCUCUUCCUCCCUGCAUCUUCUACAGCCUGUGCACAGCAAGCUGUCCAAGCAGCACAGCAAGCCGUCCAAGCAGCACAGCAAGCUGUCCAAGCAGCACAGCCACACCCCGGUGCUCCAGCAGAGCCAGAUGCGCAUGCUGCACGGCAAGCAAGCAACCGCCCCUGCCUCUGCUGCGACCCCACCAUCCUCGCUUCACGUGCUACAGCCAGUGGUGAGAGGGAGUGCGAGUGCAGCACGUGGCAUGCUUCCUCCUCGCUCUGCUGCUCCCCGGAGCACACCACACGUCGCCUUCCAUCCCACCGACUUCCACGCCCUGCCUCCCUUUCGCCUGAUGAGAGUGCUUUCCACUGGCAUCUGGCACAGCAUGGUGGUGAGUGCACUGCAUGGCACGGUAAUACAACCCAACUCACUCACUCCUGUCGCCCUUCCAUCCCACGACUUCCUCUCGCUGCCUCCUGCUCGCCCUCUGAGAGUCCUUUCCGCCGGCAUCUUGCACAACAUAGACCUGUCUCUGCUCGCUCUGCUGCUCCUCUCUUCUCCCCUCCAAGCACUGCUCUUCCUUCCACUCUACUCCCAGUCGCCCCCAGGCCUCAAGUCGCCCCCCGGCCUCAAAGUUACAUCCGUGCAUCCGCUCUCCCCUCUCUACAAUCACAUUCGCCCAGGAGACUCCUUACUAGCACUCGACCACACUCCGCUUUCCUCUCCUGCCGACUACACUCACCUCCUCUCCCACCUCUCCCACCUCUCCCACCUCUCCAAUCUCUCCUACCCUCUGCCUCCUUCAAUCCCUCCUUCGCCUCCUUCCCGUGGGGAUCCGUCUGCAUGGCCCCUGCACUUUCCCAUCACCACCUGCUGCUCCUCGUAUGGUUUUGGAAAUCUUUCUUCUCUCUCUCCUUGUUUUGUCCUUCCCUCACCGCCAGGGAUCCAUUUUCUUCCUGGAUGGAGAGGCCAUUCUCUCAAACCUCCUCCGCCUGCUUCUCCCGUUCCCCUCGCAUCCUCUCGCCUCACAUCUGCACCUCCGGCACCAGCAGCAGAUUACUCGCCACCAUAG